UGUUUCACUGCCGUGGCUCGGUAAUAUGGAUUCCAAUUUCUAAGUUGUGUUACGUCCUGGCAAUUGGUGGAACGAUCUUUGUAUUCCUUCAACUUAACUUGUAUCUCAUCAAGAGAGAGUCUGCAGGAUAUUCUGCUUAUCGUCGCAUUAUCCGAAAAGAAGUUAUUUCUGAAGAUAAUGACGGCGAUUUGUUGAUCUUCAAUGAUGAAUUAUUAUUCGAGACGACAAACACAACUGCAUAUUAUUCGAGGCCAACGAUACCAACCAAAGAAGUAGUAGCUGUGAUGGUUUUGUGUGAAGGGACUCCUAAUAACUUGACGAGCGCCCUCACGGACAUCAGUCGUCAGUUUUUUCAGGCCCAUGCAGCCAUGAAAUCAUUCAUUUAUUUAUCAAACCAACCAGUGAAAUUCAUAAUUGUGAGUGAUUCGCGAAAUGUAUUCGAGAAGAUCGAAGCUUUGAGUGAGUCUUGGCCACGUGAACAGCAAUCGAAGUUAACACUCCAGUUUGUUAACAACUUCUAUCCAGACGAGUUUAAGCAAUUGGAGAAGCUGUUCCGCCCCUGUUCUUCUCAAAGGCUUUUUAUCGACCAAGUCGUGCCGGAAGAAGACGCAGUAAUUUACAUAGACACGGACGUGAUAUUUAUGCGGUCGCCCGUGCAGCUUUGGGACGAGUUCAAACGCUUUGAUGAUAAACAAAUGAUGGCCGCAGCUACACCCACAUGGACGUCUGUAAAAAGGAAGGAUGAAGCAGGACAACAAUACGAGUUCGAUGGGAGAGGCUUCAACGCCGGAAUUCUGCUACUCAAUCUAACGCGCGUGCGGAACACUCCAGAAUUCUGGUUAAAAAAUCUCCGUCUGGCCAUCUCCAGCCUUCAUCUCGACGAGCUUGGUGACCAAGACUACCUCAACUUUAUGUUCAACCAAGCUCCAGAACAUUUCUACGAACUGGAAUGCAAUUGGAACUUCCGAUGGCCGGCGUGCUGGAAUUUCUCGAUCCGCUGCCCGGAGAUCAUGGAGAGAGGACCCUACUUGGUGCAUGGCAUUGGAGGCUCCUUUCUAAAUGGCGAACGUCAUCCAAAGAUAGCAACUCUCGCGGAGCAGUGGGAUGCGUGGGACAUGUCACUGCCUUUAGAGACUCUCAUUAAUAUUCUAACAGAAGUUCUACCCACCGCGGUCUCAAAAUACGGACACUGCAGUAAAGUUGAAGGAUUCGACGAGGCACUUAUAAAACAACUUGUCCUACACAAUUCAGAUUACAUUUCACUGUAAUUCUUCAAAUGUUAGUUGUGAUUGUCUUCAUUAAAUUGCGGAUGGUUACUUUUGACGGUGAAUUUAACUUUUUAUUUAAUGGAGUGAGCAUUUUUAAGAAUGCCUCUCAAUUUAAACAGUAGGGCAGGACGCAAAGAUUUAUUAAGUAAUGUGAUGAUCCGUUUUUUGUAUUGAAAGGUACAGCACCCCAGAUUACUAAAGUGUUUGAUUAUUUUGAUAAGGACAAUGCGUAAAAAAGCGUUUUAUAAUGAAGGAAAAGGCAAUGCAUUUGAUAAAGCACGCAGAACACCGUGGGUUUUACUCAUUCCCUGACAGACGUGGUUAAUGUGUUUAUUGAAUGAGAUCUUGUUAUCUAGGAUUAAACCAAGAUCCCUGAAUUCAUCUACCCAUUGUAAAAUUGUCCCAUUGAAGGUGAU